UCUCUAUGCAUUCCAGCUUCAGCAGCCUGACCAUCCCUCCUCCCCCACAACACAGCUUCAACCAACCAGCAGGGACUGGCAGGGCAGGGACCCGGAGGGACAAACAGGAGGCAGAGGACAGCCGCACACACACAUACACACUGGGAGCUGUGACACAGCAGUAGAGCAUUCCCACUAGCUGUCAGUCCAGGGAAGCCUGUCUGAUGUUCUACCGCAGAGGGAAGCAGUGACAAGGAAGACAGCCAGGAAAUGGCGGGAGCAUCAGUGAAGGUCGCAGUCAGAGUGAGGCCAUUCAACUCACGUGAAAUUGGAAAAGAUUCAAAAUGCAUCAUCCAGAUGUCUGGAAACACAACCACAAUUGUCAACCCGAAACAGCCAAAAGAAACCCCAAAAAGCUUCAGUUUCGACUAUUCCUACUGGUCCCAUACCUCGGAUGAAGACAGCCAGUAUGCUGGACAACAACAAGUCUACCGUGACAUUGGGGAGGAGAUGUUGCUCCAUGCCUUUGAAGGCUACAAUGUCUGCAUUUUCGCUUACGGACAGACUGGAGCUGGUAAAUCUUAUACCAUGAUGGGCAGACAGGAGCCAAAGCAACAAGGAAUUAUACCCCAGCUCUGUGAAGAUCUCUUCUCCCGGAUCAGUGACACGACAAAUGACAACAUGUCUUACUCUGUGGAGGUCAGUUAUAUGGAGAUUUACUGUGAGCGUGUCAGAGACCUGCUAAAUCCAAAGAAUAAGGGGAAUCUUCGUGUUCGUGAACACCCUCUUCUGGGACCUUAUGUGGAAGACUUGUCAAAGCUGGCUGUGACCUCCUACCAAGACAUUCAAGAUCUAAUGGACUCUGGCAACAAAGCCAGAACUGUUGCAGCCACAAACAUGAAUGAGACAAGCAGUCGCUCCCAUGCUGUGUUUAACAUAAUCUUCACCCAACGUAGACACGAUGCUGACUCCGAGAACAGCACAGAGAAGGUUAGCAAAAUUAGCCUUGUGGACCUUGCAGGAAGUGAAAGAGCCGAUUCCACCGGAGCCAAAGGAACAAGAUUAAAAGAAGGAGCAAACAUCAAUAAGUCCCUCACGACCUUGGGGAAAGUGAUUUCUGCACUUGCUGAAAUGGACUCUGGAACCAAUAAGAACAAGAAAAAGAAGAAGACAGAUUUCAUUCCAUAUCGAGAUUCUGUACUCACAUGGCUACUAAGAGAAAAUUUAGGUGGAAAUUCUCGCACUGCUAUGGUUGCAGCUCUGAGUCCUGCAGAUAUAAACUAUGAUGAAACCCUAAGCACCCUGCGAUAUGCUGACCGUGCCAAACAGAUCCGGUGCAAUGCUGUUAUCAAUGAAGAUCCAAAUAACCGUCUGAUCCGUGAACUUAAGGAUGAGGUGGCACGUCUGAGAGAGCUGCUGGGAGCCCAGGGACUGUCUGACAUUAUUGACAAUGUGUGUCCUGUGGAUAACGCCAAUGUCCUACACACGCGUCAUGCUCCUGACAAUCUCUUCACAGCGGUGAAUGCCCUUACGGGUAUGAGUCCUUCAUCCUCUAUGUCUGGUUUGUCGAGUCGAGCUGCAUCUGUCUGCAGCCUACAUGAGCGUCUUGCAUUCACACCUGGAAGUGAAGAGGCUAUCGAGAGGCUUAAGGAAACAGAGAAAAUUAUUGCUGAGCUCAAUGAAACAUGGGAGGAGAAAUUACGGCGCACUGAGGCUAUCCGUAUGGACAGAGAGGCUUUAUUGGCAGAGAUGGGGGUGGCCAUGAGAGAAGAUGGAGGAACGCUUGGAGUAUUUUCACCUAAAAAGACUCCCCACCUCGUCAAUCUCAAUGAGGAUCCUCUAAUGUCUGAGUGUCUUUUAUAUUACAUCAAAGAUGGCAUUACAAGAGUUGGACGUGAGGAUGUGGAGAGGAGACAGGACAUUGUCCUCAGCGGACAUUUCAUCCGUGAUGAGCACUGUAUUUUCCAGAGUGAUGUCAUGUCCUGUGGGUCAGUUAUAGUGACACUGGAGCCUUGUGAAGGGGCUGACACAUAUGUAAAUGGGAAGAAAGUGACAGAGCUGUGUGUGCUGAGAUCUGGUAAUCGAAUCAUUAUGGGGAAGAGUCAUGUGUUUCGUUUCAACCAUCCUGAACAAGCCCGCCAGGAGAGGGAACGUACUCCAUGUGCAGAGACUCCCGUAGAACCUGUGGAUUGGGCAUUUGCUCAACGGGAGUUACUUGAAAAGCAAGGUAUCGACAUGAAGGUGGAGAUGGAGCAAAGACUUCAGGAGCUGGAAGAUCAGUACAGAAAAGAACGUGAGGAAGCAAAUUACCUUCUGGAGCAGCAGAGACUGGAUUAUGAAAGUCGUCUGGAAGCACUGCAAAGACAGAUGGAUUCUAGAUAUUUUGCUGAGGUCAAUGAAGAGGAGGAAGAACCUGAGGACGAUGUUCAGUGGACAGAUCAGGAGUAUGAUCUGGCUCUGUGGGCUUUUCGAAAGUGGAAAUGGUACCAAUUCACGUCACUGCGUGACCAGCUCUGGGGCAAUGCCAUCUUCCUGAAGGAAGCAAAUGCAAUCAGCGUGGAACUAAAGAAGAAGGUACAGUUCCAGUUUGUGCUGCUGACUGAUACACUGUAUUCGCCACUUCCACCCGACCUGUUGCCUCCUGAUGCCCACUCAGAACGUGAGAAACGUCCCUUCCCAAGAACCAUUGUGGCUGUGGAAGUUCAAGACCAGAAGAAUGGUGCAACUCACUACUGGACCCUGGAAAAACUUAGGCAACGCUUGGACAUGAUGCGUGAGAUGUAUGACCGUGCAGCUGAGCUUCCAUCUGGACUGACUGAAGACUGUGAUAAUGUAGUAACUGGAGGAGAUCCAUUCUAUGAUCGGUUCCCUUGGUUCCGUUUAGUGGGAAGCUCUCCCUUAUUCACCACAUGCAUGAGCGACAGCAUGGCCGAAUUAACCCCCUCCCCCACCCUCUCAAGCCCUGGCUCCGAGGGCCCUGAUUCAGCCUCUCAACUUGAAGAGGAGGAGGGUUUGGAGUAUGAGGAGGAAGAGGAAGACGGAUCCCAGAAGCAUCCCUGCUGUGCUGUCAGAUCCGACCCGUUUCAUGACCGCUCCCCUCUGUUCAGUGUAGUGGGAAGGGCUUUUGUCUACCUGAGCAACUUGCUUUACUCUGUGCCUCUGGUUCACCGAGUCGCUAUUGUCAGUGAAAAAGGAGAGGUGAAAGGAUUCCUUCGUGUUGCUGUCCAGGCCAUUUCCGCGGAUGAAGAAGCUCCUGACUAUGGUUCUGGAGUUCGGCAAUCUGGAACAGCCAAAAUCUCCUUCGAUGAUCAACAUUUUCAAAAGUUCCAGGCAGAGUCCUGUGCAGGAAUGACCCGCUCAGGCACAUCUCAAGAGGAGUUGCGAAUAGUUGAAGGGGGACAAGGCCAAAACCCAGAUUCUGGGCCAAGUGCAGAUGAGGUCAACAACAAUACUUGUGCAGCUUCUCAGCAGGCUGCUCUCCUUGACAGUCCUAUAAAGGCUUCCCUAGAUUUCACCGAAGGAGGUGGUCACCCACUAAAAUUGGGCACCAUGUUUACAUUCAGAGUGACCGUCCUGCAAGCAUCUAGCAUCCCUCCGGAAUAUGCGGACAUAUUUUGCCAGUUCAACUUUAUCCACCGCCAUGAUGAAGCAUUUUCUACUGAACCCUUAAAAAACACUGGUCGUGGACCACCCCUUGGUUUCUACCAUGUUCAAAAUAUUGCAGUGGAGGUUACACAGUCCUUUGUGGAAUAUGUGAAGACACAGCCAAUUGUAUUUGAGGUGUUUGGACAUUACCAGCAACACCCAUUCCCUCCAUUGUGCAAGGAUGUACUGAGCCCCCUACGUUCCUGCAGACGUCUUGUUCCUAAAGUCAUGCCACUGUCCAAACCAGUUCCAGCCACUAAGUUAACAAGACAGCGUGUUCCUAGUACUGGUCAGUGUCAUUGCAAGUAUGACUUAAUGGCGUUCUUCCAAAUCUGUGAACUGGAAGCAAAUGGAGACUAUAUUCCUGUGGCAGUUGAUCAUGGAGCUGGUUUACCCUGUCAUGGCACCUUCCUUCUCCAUCAGGGCAUUCAAAGACGCAUUUCUGUGACUCUUGUUCAUGAAGCAGGAGCUGAGCUGAAAUGGCUAGAGGUGCGGGAACUAGUUGUUGGAAGGAUCCGUAAUACUCCAGAAGCUGAUGAGUCUCUAAUUGACCCCAACAUCUUGUCCUUAAAUAUUCUAUCCGCAGGCUAUCGUCCCCCAGAAGGGGGUGACAGGCAGUUUCUUGAUUCUGACACACCUAGCAGCCAAUCCGUGCGGGGCACCAGGACAUUCUAUCACUUUGAAGUAGCAUGGGACAGUUCUAUGCACAACUCCCUUCUGCUUAACCGUGUCACUCCAUACAGAGAAAAGAUCUACAUGACACUGUCUGCUUAUGUAGAGAUGGAGAACUGUACACAGCCUGCUGUCAUCACUAAAGACUUCUGCAUGGUCUUUUAUUCUCGGGAUGCAAAACUGCCUGCAUGUCGUUCCAUUCGAAACCUGUUUGGUACAGGCAGUCUCCGUGCCUCUGAGAGUAACCGUGUGACUGGAGUAUAUGAACUAAGUCUUUGCCGGGUUGCAGAAAACAGCAGUCCAGGGAUGCAGAGAAGACGCAGACGUGUGCUAGAUACUUCUGUGGCAUAUGUGCGGGGUGAAGAGAACCUUGCAGGUUGGAGGCCACGGAGUGACAGCUUAAUCCUUGAUCAUCAGUGGGAACUGGAGAAGCUCAGCCUACUUCAGGAGGUUGAGAGGACUCGACAUUACCUAUUGCUACGUGAGAAACUGGAAGCCACACUCAGGGGAGCAACAGACACUCUUACUCCUUCGCCUACAGAUGAGAUGCUUCCACUCAGUCCCACAUGUCAGCUGGCACAGCUCCAAGAGGAAGGCUCCCCAAAUAUGGAGGAAAAUCCUCUGGAGAUGGCUAGUGAAAGACAAAAAGAGCUGGCUGCCAAGUGUCUUCGUCUCCUCACCCAUACCUUCAACAGAGAAUACACUUAUAGUCAUGUGUGUGUGAGUGCAAGUGAAAGCAAGCUGUCUGAGAUGUCAGUAACGCUCCUACGUGACUCCUCUCUUCCUGGCCUUGGGGUCUCAACCCUUACACCUUCUAGUACCUGCCCCUCCCUGGUAGAAGGACGAUACUGCAGCCCAGAGACCAGCCCCCAGCCUCUCCCCCGUGCAUUUAGCCCAGAGAGGGAUCCUCCAAGCCCUUCAGGGGAGCUGCAAAAGUCUCCUAGUGAUGGAAUCAAGAUCCCUCUUAGACUGUUUAAUCCUGACAUACAAGAGAUACGGGUCAGCCCUAUUGUCUCUAAGAAGGGGUACCUGCACUUUCUUGAACCCCAUACAGGGGGCUGGGUUAAGAGGUACGUUGUGGUUAGACGUCCAUAUGUCUACAUCUAUAACAAUGAUCGGGAUCCAGUGGAGAGAGCCAUCCUUAACCUCUCACAGGCCCAAGUGGAGUACAGUGAGGAUCAACAGGCCAUGCUGAAGACUCCCAAUACUUUUGCUGUAUGCACACAACACCGUGGCAUUCUGCUGCAGGCCAGCAAUGAUAAGGACAUGCACGACUGGCUCUACGCCUUCAACCCUCUUCUGGCUGGCUCCAUUCGGUCCAAACUGUCUCGACGCAGAACAGCCCAAAUGAGAAUUUAAUGGAAUACCCGCUCUCUAUUUUUAUCAACUUGUUAAACCAUGAAUUCAUUCUCCCCAUACCUGCACAUUACAAAACCCCUAUCCUCUGUACCCCACACUCAUUUCUGCUCCCACUGAUGAUCUGCACUUUUUUCAUUGCCUAGGGAAGUAUCUUCAGACUGUCCAGAUGUUAAUGAAAAUAGCUAUAGUCAUCCUAAGAUUUAUACCUUAACAACAUCUGGGGAGUCUCAUGGUGCCCCCACCUGGUUUAGGGAAACCCGAUGUGCUGCACUCUUUACUGCCUAUUUUCCCUAUCUUUCCUAACUAUACCAUGGGCAGGGAGCAUAUUGGUUUGGUGUCUAUAUUCAUGAAGAUCUUAGAUGGCUUUAGCAAUGUUUGUCUGGUUUCAAUAGUCAUAAUUUGUAAACACGUUUCAAUGUAGUGACCAGAAUAACAGAUAAAGAAAGAGCAAGAUGGGGAAAAAAUAUGAAGCAGAAUUCAUGUUAUGGGUUGGCAUUUAGGACACCUUACUUAUAAGAGAAUUAUGUGCCCUCUGUACCAAUGCCUAACCAACACCCAUCAUCCCUUACACAAUGCGAAGGUGGGUAAAUUCUAGUCUAAAUACUCAUCAGUCUAUGGCUUCUGAAUUCUGAGACAUCACAUUGAGGAUUUAGGGGGGCUUCAAAGUUCUUUAUUGAUAAAUGUUGAUAAGCUUCUUACUUAGGAUGCACAUUAGGGUGUUUAUGGCUGCCCAUUGCAUUGUAUAUUCUUCUCUCUUUGUAAGAUCACGCUCAACACAAAAGCUACUCAUCCUCACGCUCCUACACUUCUUGAAGCAUAGUAUGUCGCAGCAUCUUAGAUUUUUAAGUGGAUAUAUAAGGCAGCAAGCUUACAGGGUUAACAAAUAAAUCCCGUAAAACAUAAGAAGGCACAAGAACUAGAACAUUUAGAAUUUUGUCUCCAUAAAAUGAAAUUAUACUAGGACUUGCUGGCUAGCAUAAUACAAAACUAUCUUGUGCUAGAGCAAAAUUAUGCUUUAGCUAUAUGUAUGUGUUUAUCUGAGCAUUUAUACUUAGUAUUAAUCGAGGGGUUAUUUUAAAAGAUAUUAUCCUUUUCUUCAAAAAUCAUUAAGCGUCAUUAUGCUCUUGGAUUCUGUUGUAAAUUGUCAGUAGCCGAAUAUCUCAUGGUGAUAUUCAUGUAUGAAUAUGUCAGUAAUUCUCAUAAGGAUUACCACUACCUAAAUUUACAAAGUCAUUUAUAUCAGAUAAUUGUAUUUCCAGUUAUGCCUCCAUUAUAAGAGUCAAUGGAUUUUUAAGUUUAAUCUCAUGAUGAUGAUCCAGAAAACAAAAGGCACCAAUAUCUUACGGCAAUCCAAAGAUAGGCCAUGCACUUAUAAACCAAAGAAGGGUAAAGUUAUUUACAAUGGUUUCUUUAUUCUUAUGCACUUUAAGUAUAAAUCCCAUAAGAACCAGUGUAUAGGACUCUACUUUCUUACCCCCAUUGCCUUCUCAUAUAUAAUAACUGACAGUAUGAAAAAGCAGCAAAAAGAACUCAAGGUAUAUAACAAACAAAUAAAUGUAAAGAACCAGCUAUAAGCAAGUAUAGUAUGGUUAAUGGGUGGAUGAUUGUGAACCACUCUUGUUUGGAUGUUAGCUCUGUUAUAUGUCAUGCUUGGAAUUCCAUUGCACCAGCUAAGAGGACUUGAUAUUGUCUCAGGGUCAACCAGCCUUAGAGACUACUAAGUCAUAUCAUCUUUCACAUGGACAAAUGUAUAUCUUAGGCCAGAAAACCUACAGAGGAUACAGUCCAGGAUGCAUGACAUCUAGCUAUACCUCAUGUCCCGACAAGAGCGACUUCUGAUCAAAAUGACUUCAUUCAUAUGAGACAUCAUUCAUAUGAGAAAACAUAGAAACCAAGGAAAUUGGGUUCGAUAAUAUGUGAGUACGACGCUUAGCAAAGAGGAAAAAUUGGUCCGUCUUCUGCUGCUGGUUUACACACAGAAUAGAAGGAGUUGAUACCCAUUUGCUUCCAUCUCCUUCCAUAAUGCCAGACUCCUCCACACUUUCAAUUGAUAACUCUGUAGGACCUACAUAGAGGGGUCCCUGCACAGGUUAUCUAUCACCACCCAUUAAAGUGUUCCAGAGACCUCAUAGCAGCUACACGGCCUACCUCUCUGUUACAUUCACCUUUCCAUUAAUGUAGUUAAAUUGUCCUUAUUUGAUUCAUUACUUUUUCUCCGAAUUAUGAGAAUAAGGGUCAUGAAUUUUAUAAAACCCUUGUCCACAUUUAUGUGAAGUGCGGCCUUCUGGAAUCAAGAAGAAUCAUUGUAAAUUGUACCUAGUGUCCUAAGAGAAUUCCUACAUGCACUAUUGCUUUGCUGCUUGGGUGAGAAUCUUGUUGCUUUUAAACUAAACAAUGGCUGUAGUGUAUUAUCUGUUAAUGUAAUGUCAAUGAUUGGUGGGAUACAGAAUUAUGUAUAUUGUUACGGUUAUAGUAUAAUAUUCGCAAUCAGAUUUGUGUUCCAGUCAGGCCAGCAAGAAAUAACAGAGAUGUCACUCGUCAUGUUUCUACACAAGUUUGUUGGCAAAAUAAAUUCAUGUGAGGAAUGAUCCGUUAAACAUUU